CAAAUCCACAUAUCCCACGCUCACACACAUGCUGGCACAGCGAAAGCUGAAAAAACACCUUUCAGUAACCUUGCCAAAGGGCUGACACCAUUCAAUAAAAUUUGGGUAGAUCUCAAGAGAGUCUGAGAAGAGGCAUGAAGAGCUUGAAGUUCUUAGCCGCUGAAGGCUUUGUCCUGAGUGGCCCAGGUGCCGGUAAGAACCUCAGCUGUCUGUCUUAUGACUUGUAUCCUAUCUUGUUCAAGGCCAGCUACCUGCAGGAGGCAGCGGACGUGCUCCAUGACUUGGUUGCAAUGUGGCCUCUCACAGAGCUCAACCUGCGCAGGCUUCUGGGCAGAACGCCGGACUGCCAGACAGACCUCACCUCCCGCACCUGCAAGCUCUGUCUCACAGCCUUGCUGACCGGUUUGAGGGACUAUGUCCUCCAUGCUCCGACAAUGUAUUCCAAAGUUCUGCGAGUGGUGGAUCUGACAGGCCUGCAGGACAUUGAACACCAGGCAUGCCCCUGCAGACAGACGCUGGGUCGCUGGGCACGCACUGACCUACUCACCCGCAUGUGCUAUGAGACCUUGGUGACCAUGCAGGCUGGUCAGUCAGCACCGUCCGCCUUUGAGUUGCAGGUGGAUGUCCAACUUGAUGCUUUUGUCACUGGACGGAACUAUGAAGUUGUGACCCAGGCUCUCGUCUUGGUAAGGCACUGUCCUCUCAAGGUGCGAUGCGUGGGCCUGCGCAUGGACUCACUGGCCCUCAAGAACCUCUUCUACUUGCUGCGGCUUGCUGAGCCCAAGGGUCUGCGGAAGCUGGAGGUGGUGCACAAUGUGCGACUGGAGGCGCCACACCUGGAGGUGAUGUUCUCACAGCUACAGUUCCCCCAGUUGCGUUCUCUCACCCUGCCAGCACAGGCGUUGGAUGUGCGCAGGCUGGGUUUGGCAGACGAAGGCCUGCUGGGGGUGCUGGGAGAACUUAUGAGCAAGAUGAAAGAGCUGAGGGAGCUCUACCUUGGCUUCUCCACACUCACAGGACACCUGCGCCAACUGCUGAGUCCUUUGGAAACCCCAUUGCAAUGUAUAGAACUGGCUAACUGCAGCCUCAGCCCAGUGGACAUGGCUUACCUGGCCAACAGCCUGCACAGCGAGUUCAUAGUAAAGCUGGACCUGAGCGGUCAUGUGGUGGCUGAUCUCUUUCCUAACACCUUCCGUAAGCUGCUGCAUCGGUGUUCAGCCACACUCACCAGUCUGGGUCUGGAGGAGUGCGGCCUGGCUGAUGACAACUUGGAUCUCCUGACCAACGCUAUAGCGCCCUGUCGUGGCCUGCAGGAGCUCAAGAUCCUGGGCAACCCGCUGAGCACAGCAGCGCUGCGCCACCUCUUCAACAUGCUGGCACAAGACUACUCAGCUUUGAGGUAUAUAGAACUGCCAGUGCCUCGUGACUGUUACUCUGAAGAUGCAGCUUACCCGCUGGAUGAUUCCACACUACUGAUAUAUGAUCAUGCAAAGUUCCACCAGGCCAGAACAGAACUGGUAGGAAUCCUGGAAAGAGCUGGAAAAGGUUACGUAGAUGUAUGCACACCACUGCUUGGAGUCUACGAUCCUGACAUCCGUGAGACAAGUAACGAACUUGGGCUUUCCAUGCUGCGCUCCUUUAAUGAUGUAGUAGGCAACUUUAUAGACACUGUGACAAAUGUCAGUGAACGUAGAGAGCAAAGCAUGAGGGAGUGAAAUUGUGGAACUGUGGAAGUUUAUUUAUUGGCCUACCUAAAAGUGAGUUGCAAAUCAUUAUGUUGUACUACUUGCAUACAGCUAACUUCAGUGAUGCAGGUCAGCAAAAUCUGUAAUUCUACAUGCCGUCUUACAAAAUAUGAGCAGAUAACUGUGAGACAAUGGUGAAGAAAACAUCUAUUAUUAAAGCUUUAAACUGUGCAAUGAGGAACUGGAUUUUAAUGAUUCAAAGCAAUCAUAUCUUGAGUGUAAACAUAUAUCAGCUAUGGUUAAGGACUCUGGUUGCACUGCAAUAUCGAUUACAAAGUUCCAUGCAAAAAAUUUGUAACGGCUGAAUUUUAAGCCUGUACAUAAAGCAUGAUUUGACCAUGUCAAAGAUGGAAAGACAGCACUGAACAUUUUAUAUGAUAGCAAAUGGAUUAAUCUUCUAAUAUUUUUGUUUAUAAAUGGUAUUUGUACAAAAAUACAGU